CGACAAAACAUGGACACCGUCCUUCGACUAGGCGAUGAGAAGGAAGGAGAGCCAACAAGCUCAGUGAAAGAAGAGAUCGGAAGGAGCAGGCUGCAUUUGUCUGCGAGCCUCUGCCCUCGUCCUAGCGGCGAAGGAAGCAUGGGAGAAAAAAGUUCCUUUUUUGCUUCUUUUUUGAGGUCUUUAGAUUUGGCAUCUGUCGCUUGCUCCUCCUGACACCGAAGCUUCUUCGAGUGGGGGGUCGGCGUGGGGUGAGGAGAGAGGAUGAUGAUGCCGACGGGAAGAUCGUAGAAAGGAGGGAUCUUGGCUCGUAUCUGCUGCUCUGUUGCUCCAUCUUUUUGGCGGGAAAGCGGAAUGAGGCGGCUGGCGAGGGCGGACUCGCCGGAGGUGGUGAGGGUGAGCGAAGCCUCGCCCGAGUCCAGCUUCCGCGAGCUCGAUGAUGUCUUCUUGCAGACUCAAGCGAGGAUAUGGCUUGGAGAAGUUCUGCAUAUUAGAUUUGAUGAGGAGACUCCUAUUGCUGACUUGCUUGCUGAUGGAGAAUUGCUUUUUCAGGUGUCAAAAGUUGUUUGGAAGAUGCUCUUAAAGAAGCAUGUCGAGCUAAAAAGUUCAAAAAUAUUUAUAUAUGAACGAACUUCAUUUGCUAAGCACGAUGGGAAAUACAUGCCUUACCCCAAAGUUGACUCAUUUUUGAAGAUCUGCCAAAUCCUUCAAUUAACUGGUGUUGAUUUGUUCUCACCAUCAGAUGUUGUUGAGAAAAGGGAUACUCGCAGAGUCUGUAUGUGUAUUCGUUCUCUUUCAAAGAAAGCCAGGUUAAAGAACUUAAGUGUUCCAGACUUUGAUGUGGUCACAUACACAAUAGCCAUGCCAACUGAUCUGGUUGGUGGUAUCCGUAGAAGUUUGGAGCAAUCAAGAUGCAGUUCAUCAAGUUCUGGUAGCUAUAGCAUGGAUUUUAGAAGGUUUUACAGACAGAAAGGUUACAGUGGACAACAUGAUCAGAGCCAUGAGUACUGUUCUGAGUCUGAUGAAGCAGAAAGCAGCUUCAAUGGGUUAGAACUUGAGAGUCCGUCCUCGAAUGUUUCAUAUGACACCUCAAACAUAUUCAAUUUAGAUGGAGAAGUUUUUGCCCAAGGAAGCAUAGGUGGUGACAACUGUGGUGAAAAUGGACAUAAGAGUGAGCACCAUGGAAAAGCAGAUGAAAGUGCAACACCUUGUUCUGUUGAUAAGGACCAAGGACUUCAGCCGUUAGAGUGGAGUGGAUUUGGGAAACAAGUUCAGAAUGGUGAUAUUAAAUGUUUCGAGAAAUGUUUUCUAUCUUGUGCAGAAUUGCCAUAUGAAGCAGAGAUUCCAUCUUAUAUGGAUUCUGUCCCAGAAAAUUGCUCACCCAAAUCUUCAAUGUCUGAUACCCUUAUAAGUACUGCUGAUGGCAAUGAAGAAUCUGAGUGCAUGAUUCAGCAUGAAGAAGACCUAGAUGGAAGUCCUGUACACAUGUUUCAAUCUCAUGAUGGAAAAUCAAGAUGCAAAGGCUUGACACAGCAUCUGGAUGAAAAGGAUGAGAAUCAAUCUCAUCUGGCAUAUAACAAUUUUGGAGGUACAGAACAAAACAGUGUUCAUGUUAACUUGAAAACUAAUGGUGCCAAUUCCAUUGAUGGGUAUGCAAUGCCAGAAUAUUCUUUUGAAAAUGGAUGGGCUUCUCCAGAUGUGUCCUGUCAAAAUAUCCACAAUGCUGAUAUUGUUCUUCUUGAUUCAGAACCACCAGGUGUCUUAUCGUGCUUAUUAGUGGGAAAUGAUGAUUCACAAGGGAAAGACAGUAGUAUGCAUGAAAUGAGGACUGCUGAUCAAGCUAUAGAUUGUGGACAAUGCUUUUCACCUACUUCUGAACUUGUCCCCGAUGAAGCAGCAAAAGUCUCAAAUAAUGAUAAUUUUCAACAUGACAAUCAUAGUGCUGGAAAUUUCUUGUUCACAGAUGAUUUGUGUAUGUCAACUUCUGGAGAAUCUAGUGACCAAACUCUAAAUGUGGAAGAAAGAAAUAUUGGACAUAUACAUUCAUCACUACCUACUGGCGUGUUUUCCGUUCAUGACACUUCCUGUGUGUGCUUGCAGCAUAUGGAUAAAAGCAUUCCAAAUACUGCAUACAAGAACUCUGCGCAAAUGAAGAACGACAUUGCUGGGAGAUGUUGUGUCAAUAACCUUGAUCCUCACUACAGAAAUGAGACUUCGGGGAUGGUGUCCGGAGUAGCCAUAGUAACUAUGAACUCUAAGUUAUCCUGCAGCCAUUGCUCAAAAGAUCUUCCUGAUAUGGAAUAUAUGUUCGCAGAUGCUGCUGCUGAAGGGGCGUCAGACAAUAGCUACUUCUCUGGAACUCUUUCCACUUUGGGACCUGCCUGCCAUUCUAGUACUGUCCAUACUGGUGCUCCAGCAGAAUUUGACAAUGACUGCACCAGAGACCAGGCAAGUUUCGCAUGCUCAAAUCAUGAAAUUCUAGCUGAAGCUAUGGGUGAUAUCACCGCUGAGACGAACUCGGAGGUCAGAUAUGAGGCUCAUCUCAUAGAUGAUGUUGGCACAAGCAUGAACCGGAUGGUUCCAGAUGUCGAUGAAGAAAGAAAAAAGGACAUGGACGACGUUGCAAAUAAUCUACCAUCGACGAUGACCAUAAGUGCGAACAAUAAGGAGGAAACCGUAGUCAAAAUAAGAAGCCCCGGAAAGAAGGUGCUCAAGUCGAUCGCUGGUAGUGUUACAUUAAUUGGUGCCCUCCUUGUUUUCCUUCAUCUGAGUGCAGGAGAAAGAGCGAUAAAGAGAAAAAUUACCACACUGUUACGCCCCUACGGACCAAAGAAACAUGUCAGAAAGUUGACACACACAACACGGUGGAGGUUGGCAAAUCCGAUAAGAAGUACCCUGGAGAGAGGCUUAAGCUUUAAGGUCAGAAUAGAAUCAGUCUGAAGCAGGAUUUGGUCUUCAAUAUCUAACACCUAUAUACAAAUAACACGGUGAUUGAAAUAGCUGUAAAUCUAAGAGAAGUUAGCAUUGUUUGAUAACCAUUUGCACUGUAUGUGGCCUUCUACAAUUUUGCAGUGGAAUGAUGGUUGCUCUA